GUCGCAGAGAGGACCAGGCCCUGUCCGUGCCAGGAUGAGCUCCUGGGCAGCCUCAGUAUGGGUGGGCAACUCUGCCACUCCCUGUGCUCAGCUCCUGGGACAGUCAGGGGCACUGGGUCAAUGCAGCGACCUUGAGACCCCUUGUUAGGGACAGGAAGUGAGCAUUGGAGAGGAGAGGAAGUCACCUGCCAGGUCACCAGAGACAGAGAUGGGGCUCUGGCCUCCAGUCCCCAGCCAAGCUGCCCACUUGGCUGCUGCCCUGUUGGGCUGGCCGAGGGCCCCACUGGCGGUGCGUCCCGCCCACACGUGGGGCGGGGACACGGCGCAGGCUGCAGGGGGAGGGGGCCCUGUUCCGGCUAGACUACAGCUUGGGGAGGAAGGCAGCGGCAGUGCCACCACCGAAGGGAGGAGCCAGGCUGAGGUGCCACCAGAGCCCCUGACGAGAUCCCUGCCUGCCCCAGUGCUGACUCCUGAGCCUGUCCAGGGAGGGAGCUGCAAGCCAUACGGGUUAAUGUUGAAGCAGCUGCUGCAGGAGGAGGCAGGGCGGUGGACUGGCCAGGCAGGCAGGGAAGGGGCACAAGGCCAGCACCGUUUGGACCCUGCUCAGUGGGAGGGAGCAGGAGGCUCCUAGGUGUGCUGCGCCCACCUGGAGGGUCCCCUCGGGGCCCUGGUGCCCACUCCCCCCAUCAGGACUCCUGGAAGACAGCACCUUCGAGGACCCAAGAACAGAACGCAGAACCACAGUACUGUCCAGCACAAGCAGCACAAAUGACAGCUCUGUACAAAUAAGGUGAGCUGUACAGAAAAAGACAUUGAGAAUCUGUGAACAAGACGUACAGAAUGUAUAAAAAAAAAAGACAACUCCUAAGUCUGAACAGCUGUUAAACAGGUAGGUCUUUAAACGAGGGGUAUCUUAGCUAGUUCACACCAGCCGUGUUUCUGAGGUUAGGGUAAACGCCCCUCUUGGGGUCCCCAUCAACCAGGCGGGGUCACUGCCCAUGGCGCUGGGCAAGGACCCGCAGGGUGGCAGGGAGGGGACGAAGGGCCGUCUCAGCGGGUUUAGAGAGAAGGGGCAGCACAGGUCACCUGGUGGAGACCUGGUCGGCCAUGGGUCUCAGGACUGGUUCUUCCGGGUUCUGGGCCAGCCCGAGGGGCCAACCGGGUCCCAUGGUGAGACAGCAGGGGUCACCUCGGCUCCUGUCACGGGGUCAUUGCUCCCAUUCUGGGGGUGCCACAUGGGGGUUGGGAGCACCGGGUGCUGCUUUCCUAACCCCGAGACAGCUGCGGGUGUGGAGAUGUGACUGGAGACUUCUAGGCGCUGCUCCGGGGACUUGGAAGCGGGUGCUGGUGUGUCCCUGCCAACCCGUUAGGUCCCCUUGUCCUGGUGUCCCGGUCUGGAAGGGAGCGACGCAGGCCCGCUGCCGGUGCUCCAAGUCCCCAAGUCCCCAUGGCCUCACUGAACCGAGCCCUGCUUGUGGCCACUGCCUGCCCUCGAUGGAGACCAGCCCAGCGCCUUGGGCUGCAGGCCCUGGCUGGUGCUGCGGGUCCCAAGGCAGAGAAGAAUGUGCCCUACCAGCGCACCCUGAAGGAGGAGGCCCAGGGCCCUGGAGCGGCAUCUCGAGGCCCCAGCCAGCCCCUGCCCAGCACAGCCAGCGUGGUGGUCAUCGGCGGGGGCAGCGUGGGCUGCCAGACCCUGUACCACCUGGCCAAGCUGGGCGUGGCCGGGGCCGUGCUGCUGGAGCGUGAGCGACUGACGUCAGGGACCACCUGGCACACAGCAGGCCUGCUGUGGCAGCUUCGGCCCAGCGACGUGGAGGUGGAGCUGCUGGCACACACGAGGCGAGUGGUGAGCCGCGAUCUGGAGGAGGAGACGGGGAUGCACACGGGCUGGAUCCAGAACGGGGGCCUCUUCAUCGCGUCCAGUCGGCAGCGCCUGGACGAGUACAAGCGGCUCAUGUCGCUGGGCAAGGCCUAUGGUGUGGAGUCCCACGUGCUGAGUCCUGCGGAGACCAAGGUUCUGUACCCGCUGAUGAAGGUGGAUGACCUCUACGGGACGCUGUAUGUGCCGCAGGACGGCACCAUGGACCCCGCAGGCACCUGCUCCACCCUCGCCAGGGCGGCUGUGGCCCGAGGAGCCCGGGUCAUCGAGAACUGCACGGUGACGGGUAUCCGUGUGCGGACUGAUGAUUUUGGGGUGCGGCGUGUUGCAGCCGUAGAGACGGAGCAUGGCUCCAUCCAGACGCCCUGCGUGGUCAACUGUGCAGGUGUGUGGGCAGGCGCUGUGGGCCGGAUGGCUGGAGUCAAGGUGCCCCUGGUGGCCAUGCACCAUGCCUACGUCGUCACGGAGCGCAUCGAGGGGAUCCAGAACAUGCCCAAUGUCCGUGACCACGACGCCUCCGUCUACCUGCGCCUGCAAGGAGACGCCCUGUCUGUGGGCGGCUACGAGGCCAACCCCAUCUUCUGGGAGGAGGUGUCGGACAAGUUCACCUUUGGCCUCUUUGACCUGGACUGGGACGUGUUCACCCAGCACAUCGAGGGCGCCAUCAACCGCGUCCCCGUGCUGGAGACCACGGGGAUCAAGUCCACGGUCUGUGGCCCCGAGUCCUUCACGCCUGACCACAAGCCCCUGAUGGGGGAGGCACCUGAGCUGAGGGGCUUCUUUCUGGGCUGCGGCUUCAACAGCGCUGGGAUGAUGCUGGGCGGCGGCUGUGGACAGGAACUGGCCCACUGGGUCAUGCACGGGCGCCCGGAGAAGGACAUGUACAGCUACGACAUCAGGCGCUUCCACCCCUCCCUGACCGCACACCAGCGCUGGGUCCGCGAGCGCAGUCACGAAUCCUACGCCAAGAACUACGCGGUUGUCUUCCCCCAUGACGAGCCGCUGGCGGGGCGCAAUAUGAGGAGGAGCCUCCUGCACGAGGAGCUCCUGGGACAAGGCUGUGUGUUCCAGGAGCGACACGGCUGGGAGCGGCCCGGAUGGUUCAGCCCGCAGGGCCCGGCCCCGGUCCUGGAGUACGACUACUACGGCGCCUACAGGAAGCGGCCUCACCGGGACUACGCCUACGCCCGGCUGCUGGCCGACGAGUACACCUUCAGCUUCCCACCCCAGCACCACGUGAUCCAGAAGGAGUGCCUGGCCUGCCGAGGGGCGGCCGCCGUGUUCGACAUGUCCUACUUCGGGAAGUUCUACCUGCUGGGGCCGGACGCCAGGAGGGCUGCUGACUGGCUCUUCUCUGCCAACGUCAGCCGACCCCCAGGUUCCACGGUGUACACCUGCAUGCUGAACCACAGGGGCGGCACGGAGAGUGACCUGACGGUCAGCCGCCUGGCCCCCGGGACCCAGGCCUGCCCGGUGGCCCCGGCCUUCGAAGGCGACGGCUACUACCUGGCUGUGGGUGGAGGCAUAGCCCAGCACAACUGGUGCCACAUCACCACGGUGCUGCAGGACCAGCGCUUCCGGUGCCAGCUCGUGGACUGCUCCGAGGACCUGGGCCUGAUCAGCAUCCAGGGCCCGGCCAGCCGGGCCAUCCUGCAGGAGGUGCUGGACGCAGACCUGAGCGACGCUGCCUUCUCCUUCUCCACCCACCAGCUGGUGCAGGCCGCCGGGCACCUGGUCAGGGCCAUGCGGCUGUCCUUUGUGGGGGAGCUGGGCUGGGAGCUGCACGUCCCCAGGGCCUCCUGCCUGCCUGUGUACCGCGCCGUGAUGGCUGCAGGAGCCCAGCACGGCCUAGUCAAUGCUGGGUACCGCGCCAUCGACUCCCUGAGCAUCGAGAAAGGCUACCGGCACUGGCAUGCGGAGCUGCGGCCUGAUGACAGCCCCCUGGAGGCCGGCCUGGCCUUCACCUGCAAGCUCAAGUCUGCCGAGCCCUUCCUGGGCCGUGAGGCCCUGGAGAAGCAGCGGGCUGAGGGCCUCCGCCGGCGCCUCGUGUGCCUCACUGUGGAGGAAAAGGUGCCCAUGUUUGGGCUGGAAGCCAUCUGGAGGGACGGCCAGGUGGUGGGCCAUGUGCGGAGGGCCGACUUCGGGUUCACCGUGGACAAGACCAUCGCCUACGGCUACAUCCGUGACCCCAGUGGCGGGCCGAUCUCCCUGGACUUCGUGAAGAGUGGGGACUAUGCCCUGGAGAGGAUGGGGGUCCCUUACGCUGCCCAGGUCCACCUGAAACCCCUCUUUGACCCUGAGAACAAGAGGAUGAAGGGGAUCUACUGAGAGCCAAGGCCACCCAGGAGGAACACACUGGUCACCCCCUGGGCCCUCCCUGUCCUAAGCCUGGGCCUGGCCUGCUGUUCCCCAAACCAGGAAUGGACAGAGAGCUUACCGAGGCCUGUCUAGUGGCUACUGACCAGUCUGUGUCUAGUUCACCCCAGGCCCCCCAGAAGCAAACCUGUACUGUCUCGGGCACAGGGACCUUGCUUUGUAGCCCUGUGAGCUUCUUAGAAGACACACAGUAAAACUUGGUGGGCAGAGUAGAGGCUGGAGCUCAGCUGAGUGGCACUGGGUGACUGGAGCCCUUGGGUGAGAGCCAGGAAUCGGGGAAGUGUGAGUGGAGCUCGAUUAGCACUGCCUGUCCCAGGCGCAGGAAGGGCGCAGGGAGAUGGAUGGGCCAUGACUGCGCCUCAGGGUGGUGCCUCUCAGACAGGGGACAGGAGGAGAGCCAGAAAGGUCUGCGUGCCUUGCCCUCCCCUUCUGCAGGUGGCCGAGCCUUCCGAGAGCCACCAUCCCAUGACACAGGGUCUCACAUCACUGUCCUCCCUUGCUCAUCUCCUGCCUCAGUUUCUCCUCAAGCUGUCCCUCAUAGGCCACUCUCUCCUGCAUGGGGAGACCCAGGCCCAUACAGCAAGAUUCACCCCAGGCUCUUUCCAACAUCCCAGUAAUUCUGGGGGGCGGAGCCUGAGAAUCCCUCGCCUUGAGGCCUGGGGACGACCUGGCCAGGCAGCCCCCACUGACCGGCCACAAGUGCUGUCCCUGUGUCCUCCUGGGUAACCCCUGCCCUGGGCUUCCUGUUUCAUGAAUGAGGAAGUGGAGGUGGGGUGCCCACACCCUGGAGCUGCCACACCUUGCCCAGUCCCUUCCAGGCUCCGUGGCUCGCUCCGGGGGACACUGGCACCUGCUCUAGGUCUCCAGGCCUCAGUUUCCUCAUCCAUCCAGGGAAAGACAGGGGGCCCGCAGGCUCCCUAUGCUGGCCCAGAGCCGAGUGCGGAGUGGGAUGCACUGGCCACACUGGCCGGGUGGGGGCACUGUGUGCCGGGGAGAUCUCUGUGGAGGGGAGCAGCCAGGCGGGGAGCGGGAGUGGGGGGACUGAGUUUGGGGGUGCCACUGUGGAUGGCACUGUGGAGCUGCGGUGAUUCCCAGUCGCAGUCCUCUUGGGCCCACAGGGGAGGCACGUCUCCUGUCUCCUACCUGUGUGUGGCACACACCAGGGCCCCUCGGGGCUUGGGGUGCAGUUGCAGUGGGAGGUAUGGCUGCCAUGGGCCAGCGAGCUCCCACCUUCCCAGAGCCUGGGGUGCCUAGGGUCUUUGGCAGUGGCCAGUCAGGGAGAGGCUGCUGCCCCUGUCACCAGGAUGGUGAAGAUGACAGAGGGCCCAGCGUUCUGGCUGCACUGCCAGCCUGACUUAGAGGGGCGGACGGCCAUGAUUUACAGUGUGUGGUGCCGAGCGCUGGGUGCGUUCACUCCCAUAAUAAAGUGCCAGCCGGAGGGAG